AUGGAGUACUUGACAAGUUUACCAAAAGAUACCUCAAAGGCCUAUACAAGUAUCUACGGCCUUGAGUACGCUCACCCUGUAAAAUACUAUGAUUUCCACGUAUAUUAUGUAGGACAUAAUUCGCAAUCGGUUGCUGAAGCUACCAAACUUCGCAACAAGUUACUCAAAGAAUUCGAAGAAGAAGGCAAGGAAGGAUCCAUAAUAGUGAAGAAAUUGAAAAAUGACAAUGUCAUUGGGCCCCAUGUGACCCAUUUUUGGGAAGUUGAUGUUGUUCGGCCUAAAAUAUUUGUUAGGUUACUUUCAUGGUUCCAGUUGUACCAUGGCACUCUCUCGGUGUUGAUUCACCCUCAAACCGGUGAGGAUCUCUUGGAUCAUACUUCCCGGGCAUUAUGGCUCGGUAAACCAUUGCCUAUAAUUGAAAGCGUUUUUAGCAACGUUGACAAAGGUAUUCCAGAAUUCGGAGUACCAGGCGGAAAGAGGCUCACAGCGCAGGAGUUUGAUGAGAGAAGAAAAUAA